AUGUCAGUCACACUACACACGUCGCACGGCGGCAUAAAAGUAGAGGUAUACUGCGAAAGCGUCCCCAAAACAGCAGAGAACUUCCUCGCCCUCUGCGGCUCAGGCUACUACGAUAAAUCCCCAUUCCACCGCGUCAUCCCCAAGUUCAUGGCCCAGACAGGCGCCCCCGCAACACCGAACCCUCCCGAGAAUCCUAAAGGCGGACGCAGUAUUUGGGGAGGCGCAUUCGAAGACGAGAUCCGACCUGCGUUGCGACACGGCGCGCGAGGUGUGCUUUCAAUGGCCAACAAGGGACCCGGGACGAACGGAUCGCAGUUCUUCAUCACAUUCGACAAGGCGCCACAUCUGGAUGGGCUCAACACUGUGUUUGGACGUGUGAUCGGAGAUGAGGGUCUGGCGACGCUGGCCAAGAUGGAGGCUGUCGAAGUUGAUCGAAAGAACAGACCGAAGGAGCCAGUUCGUAUCGAAAACGUGACGAUUCACGCCAAUCCGCUUGCUGGUUGA